ACCUUUUGCUCUAAUCAUCGAGGCUGAAAUGGAGAGAAUACAAUCAACUCAAGAAAAUGGAGAUGGUAGUGAUUCAGUUGACGCGUUUGCAUCAGUCAUGGGACCUGAGCACCCAUGUCGGGUAAGAUUGUAUAGACGAGGAGUUAACAAGACUGUCUUAAAAAAGAAAAAAGGAGAUUUUGGAUCCUCUGUAAAUGCUACUGAUGAGAGAAUGCAACAAAAAAUGAAGGAAAUGGAAGAGAGGAUGCAACAAAAAUUGCUGGAAAAGCUCAAUGCACAAAAGGAAGCUAUGGAACAAGAUAUUACGAUGAACGUCGUUACACGACUUCAACGUCUCAACCUCGAUUUAAGACUUGAUCCUGACAUGCUAAUAUUCAGUGCUCGUGCACCUGGCGAAGCUGCUUCUGCACAACAAGGUGCUAUUCAACCAAUCAAUCGUCCAUCCGCUGGCAGUAACAAUCAAGGUGGAGUAGAUGAAAAAAUGGAAGACGGAGGCAAUGAUGAAGAUCUUGACCUUACUUAGGAGAAUUUAGAAUUGUUGAUU